CCUCCAGACUGCACGUCCAGAGUCUCCUGUCUCCUCCCCCUCCCCUCCUCUCCACAGCUGAGCUGAAACAUGUAGAGACCACGCGCGUCCACUCCUCUGCUCUCCACUGCUCUCCUCUCCACUCCUGUCCUCUCCUCUCCUCUGCUCUCCUCUCCUGUCCACUGCUCUCCUCUUCUCUGCUCUCCACUGCUCUCCUCUCCACUCCUGGGGUUGUCCAGCUCUCCUCUCCUCUCCUCUCCACUGCUCUCCUCUCCACUCCUGGGGUUGUCCAGCUCUCCUCUCCUCUCCUCUCGUCUCUGCUCAACUGGCCACGUGAGCUGCUCAGCCCUGGGCAGCCCAGGCUCUGUCCCCAGCACACGGGCCCAGGCCCUGGGGCUCAGGCCUGUGUGUGUGUGUAAGGCGCUGGGAUGUAGAGCUGCUCGGCAGGAGCUUGUGAGAGGGACCGGGCUACGGGUCCGAUCCGGCUGGACGUCAUGGGCUGCACCUUCUCUAUGCCACAGGACAGGAGGGAGGCAGCCGAGAGGGUGCCCCCCAUGAGAGAGACCAGCUUCAUUGAGAAGAUGAAGAAGGCGAGUCGGAACAUUGUGGUGUUCUACGGUUCUCAGACGGGCACUGCAGAGGCCUUUGCCACCCAGCUGGCCAAAGAUGCCCAGCGCUACGGCAUGAAGGGGAUGCCAGCUGACCCCGAGGAGUAUGACAUGUCAGAGCUGUCUCGUCUGACGGAGAUCCCAGGGUCCCUUGUGGUGUUCUGCGUGGCUACGUACGGCGAGGGUGACCCCACGGAUAACGCCCAGGACUUCUACGACUGGAUGCAGGCCGCAGACGACAGCCUAGAGGGCGUGAACUACGCUGUGUUUGGCUUGGGGAAUAAGACCUACGAGCACUACAACGCCAUGGGGAAGUAUGUGGACAAGAGACUCGCUGAGCUCGGCGCCAGAAGAGUCUUUGACCUGGGUCUGGGAGAUGACGACGGCAAUCUGGAGGAGGACUUUGUGUCGUGGAAGGAGCUCUUCUGGCCUGCAGUGUGCGAGUUCUUUGGGGCAGAGGCCACAGGUGACGACUGCUGCGUGCGUCAGUUUGAGCUGGUGACCCACAGUGACCUCACCAUGACCCAGGUGUUCACCGGUGAGAUGUCACGACUCAGGAGCUACCAGACCCAGAGACCGCCUUUCGAUGCCAAGAAUCCAUUCCUGGCCGAGGUCACUGCCAACCGCAAGCUGAAUAAGGGAGGUGAACGCCACCUAAUGCACCUGGAACUGGACAUCUCAGGAUCCAAACUCAGGUAUGAUGCAGGAGACCAUGUGGCAGUGUACCCCACCAAUGACGUCGCCCUGGUAACCAGACUGGGAGAAGUGCUGACCGUGGAGCUGGACACGGUGAUCUCCCUCAACAACCUGGAUGAGGAGUCCAAUAAGAAGCACCCGUUCCCCUGCCCCUGCUCCUACCGCACGGCGCUGACCCACUACCUGGACAUCACCAGUCCGCCUCGCACCAACGUGCUGUACGAGCUCGCCCAGUACGCCACCGACCCCCAGGAGCAGGACAUGCUGCGCAAGAUGGCGUCCGCCUCUGCCGAGGGCAAGGCGUUGUACCAGAGCUGGGUGUUGGCUCCUCAGAGACACAUCCUGGCUGUGCUGGAGGACAUGCGCUCACUGAGGCCCCCUGUGGACCAUCUGUGUGAACUGCUGCCUAGACUGCAGGCCCGGUACUACUCCAUAGCCUCCUCUGCCAAGGUCCACCCCUCCUCGGUGCACAUCUGUGCUGUGGUGGUGGAGUACUCGACCUCCGCCGGCCGCACCAACAAGGGCGUAGCCACCACCUGGCUCAGGAACAAGGUGCCUGCCCACGCCAGCGGUCCCUCGGCCAGCGUGCCCCUGUACGUCAGGAAGUCCCAGUUCCGACUGCCCUUCAAGGCCAGCACGCCGGUGGUGAUGAUCGGACCAGGCACAGGCAUCGCCCCCUUCAUGGGCUUCCUGCAGGAGCGAGCCUGGCAGAAGGAGCAAGGUAAAGAGGUUGGCGAGACAGUGCUUUAUUAUGGUUGUCGUCAUAGAAACGAGGACUUCCUGUACCAGGAAGAGCUGGAGGAGUUUGAGAGGAGGGGGGUUUUGACCCAGCUGAACGUGGCUGUGUCCAGAGAUCAGGAGCACAAGAUCUACGUCCAGCAUCUGAUGAAGAAGAACAAGGAGCACCUGUGGAGACUGAUCCACUCUCAGAAUGCUCAUCUCUACGUGUGUGGGGACGCCCGUAACAUGGCGCGUGAUGUGCAGAGUGCCCUGCACCAGGUGGCGGAGGAGGUGGGGGGCCUGACCCACACCCAGGCGGUGGACUACUACAAGCGCCUGAUGACCAAAGGACGCUACUCGCAGGACGUGUGGAGCUGAGGUGGCUCAGGACGUCUCCGCCUGGCCGCACCCACCUCAGGCAGCAGAGGACUCUGGGAAGGAUCUGGUUCCGUCUGGGUUCAGUCUCACUGAGGGGUUUAGUAGAUGUCCACAAGCAUAGAGACAGUCGGCCGUUUCCUCCCUGGGUCAUCAUGAUGUCCACAUGCAUAGAGACAGUUGGCCGUUUUCUCCCUGGGUCACCAUGAUGUUUCCAUGGCAUCUGACCCCUGAUAUGCACAACUACUCUCAGCCACUGUUUCUGAUGCAAUAAGUGGUCAUCUACACAGAGGUGGUUGUUUUUUCACCUGGACUCUAUAUUCCCAAUGCCAUCUGGCCUACAGUCACCUGCUAUCUGGACCACCUGUGAUUCUCUAUGAUCAGUCUUCGGCUUACAAAGAGAUGUUUGUAUCGCCAUGGUUUCCCAUGUUCUCCAUUCACAGUGCCUUUGGUGUUGACAGCCUUGCUCUGCCGGUUGGAGGGAAGGGGGUCGUGGGACUUGGCCAGUGUUUUUUUUUGGGGGGGGUUGUCAGACAAAAGGUUUAAUGUGAUAAGCAGACUAUAUAGCUGCAGGUUACUGUAUGUAAGUGUGAUUAGCAGACUAUAUAGCCACAGGUGGAAGACUGUAUGUAAGUGUGAUUAGCAGACUAUAUAGCCGCAGGUGGAAGGCACUGGUGCUCUAUUAUGUGUGUCGUGUUCCACAGAUGGCUGACAGGCAUGCGUAUACUUCUGUGUGAAGUUGUGUUCCCCAUGUAUGACUGCCUUAAACAUACGUGGUGGUGUCACAAUGGAGAGAAGUGUCCAUGUGGCCUCUAAACUUUAUUACACUAUUUGGACUAUGCUUCUGCUUCCUCUCCGCCUGUUUUUAUCUUUGUUUGUCAUUAGCAGAACAGCUCUGCCCUGCACGUGUAUACGAGUGAAAUAUGCAUUUGGGAAUAUAUCAUGUAAACAUACAGUGAAACAUGCAUUUGGGAAUAUAUCAUGUAAACAUACAGUGAAACAUGCAUUUGGGAAUAUCAUCUAAACAUACAGUGAAAUAUGGAUUUGGUAAUAUAUUAUGUAAACAUAGAUGAUGCAAGCAGCUGUUGUGAGGGUAAGGGGGGAGACGAGGAAGUGUUUAGUUCCUGCCUUUAUGCUAAUGACAUCUGUAUGAAUGCAAUAAAAGGGAAAUAAUU